GGCGCUAACGCGUAGCUUCAUUGAACAACGCGCAUGCGCAAACCUAUUUAAACCGGGAAAACAUCUAUUUAAAAAAACAAGUGUUUGGAUCUGUGGGCCGGAGCUCUGAGACCAUGGGUGACCUGGAGGAAAUCAGCCGACACUUCCAGAACAAACUCUGCUCCUUACGCCGCAUGUUGGAUCUGUCGGCUGCCGACCUACCCCAGCACAAGAUCCAGAAACUGGCACAAGACAUCCUGGGCCUGCGGGGGACCCUGGAGGAGUUUGAGAAAUGUGUGGAUCGUCAGAAAGAGCAGCUGAAUCAGCUGAGGGAAUUUGAGCGAUUAUGUGAAAAGGAUGUGGAGUUUCUUCAGCAUAUGAAGGAGAACAUUCCAGCACACAUCCCCAAGAGGAGAAGUCCAGUCAGGGAAAACAAACCAGCAGCCAAUGACAACACGGCAGCAGAUGUUCAGCCGACCCAAGCGGAACCGGUGAAGAAGCGCAGCAGAGCUCUCAGCUUGGCCAGAGAGAUGGACUACAUCACCACUCAGGAGUACAACGGCAUCCCUCAGUACAUGAAGGGUCGUGUGUCUUAUGAGCAGCUCAACGCGGCGGUGCAAAGGGUCAACACCGCUCUGACCGCCAAGUACAAGAUCCUCGCUCAACCCAUGAGAGCUCUAAAUAAUCACACCCGCAAACUGCAGCAGCGCUUCAAGGACCAGGAAACCAAAGAUACCAAAGGAAAGUUUUUUAUAGUGGAGGAUGACAUCUGCGAGUUCACCCAGAUGAAGGUGGACAAACGCUUCCAGGGGAUCCUCAACAUGCUGCGCCACUGUCAGCGGCUUCGCGAGAUCAGAGGCGGGGGCUGUGUCCGCUACGUGUUGGUGUGAAAGAAGAAGCUGGGUCCUCCGUCGCCGAUACGCCAGAACAGCACCACAGGCGGGACGUGUAAUAGACCGGUUCUGCUGGAGCUCAGCACAUCACAUGACUUUAUUAAUCUAACAUGUACUUUGUAAUAAAAGCUUUUCUUUUCAUCUGC